CUGAAAACCCCAUUGCUCCAGGCUUCCAGCCUCCAUGAUGGUGUGAUCCUUCCUAUUUUUCUUCCCAACAAGUCAACAACAAUUAAAUCUUUACGGCAUGGUUCUGAAAAGAAAGCAAUCUUCUGGAUGUCAAAAUAGGAAGAAAAAGAAAAAGAGAUUGGAAUCUACUAAAUCUCUAGUAGGUUCUUUUGAUAAGUUUUUGAUUAGGAAUCAACCAGCAAUUGAGAAUAAGAGCGAUGAGGAUAAUGCUACAGAUGAUAAUGGUAAGAAUGAGGGGAAUGGGGAUGAUGGUGCUGCUGAUAAUGGUUUAAAUGAGGGGAAUGGGGAUGAUGGUGCUGCUGAUAAUAGUAUGAAUGAGGGGAAUGGAGAUGAUGGUGUUGCUGAUAAUGGUAUGAAUGAGGGCAAUGAGAAUGAGGGUGAUGCUGAUAAUAGUGUAAAUGAGGGAAAUGUGAAUGAUGGUGGUGUUGAGAAUGGUAUGAAUGAUAUCAAUGAGAAUGACAGAAGGGGGGAUAAUGUCAACAAGACGGUAGGAACGAAUGAAGUUGGUAAUUAUUGUGAAGAGUUAAGCCAUAUAGAUAUGUUUGAUCCGGCUAAUUGGAAUACAAUUGAUAAAAAGCUUGUUGAUUUUUUGGUAGAGAAGGGUCCAGUGAGAAUUGAUAAUAUCAAGUUCCCUAGAGAUUCCAAGGGCGAUCAUUUCUCUAGCACUUAUUACUUUCGGAGAAUGAACAAUUUUGAGAAACAAGAAAGGAGAUGGCUAGUGUAUUCGACAUCUUUGGAUAAGGUAUUCUGUUUUUGUUGUAAAUUGUUUAAGAAGAGGGAAACUAAUUAUCAGUUGUGUGAAAGUGGGUUCAAUGAUUGUAAUAACCUAAGUGGAAGACUUAGUACUCAUGAAAACAGUGGAGAACAUGUUGUUUGUAUGUUUAAUUGGCUUGAGUUGGAAUUACGAUUGAGAAAGGAAAAAAACAUUGAUAAGAGAAUACAAGAACAGAUCAAUAGAGAGAAGAUACAUUAUAAAGAUGUUUUGGAGAGGAUGGUGGACGGCAUCUUGUUCCUAGCGAAGAAUGGUUUAGCAUUUCGUGGGGAUAGUGAGAAAAUUUAUACAAAAAAUAAUGGAAACUUCUUAAGUUUCAUAGAGGUACUUGCAAAAUAUGAUCCCGUGUUAAAGUAUCACUUGGAGAGUAUCAAAAAGAAUGAAAUGCGGUAUCAUUAUCUUAUCCACAAAAUUCAGAAUGAACUGAUUUCAAUGCUUGCUGAUGAGACGCGAAAGAUUAUUCUGAAAAAAAUCCACGAGGCGAAAUACUUCUCAAUUAUUCUUGAUUGUACUCCGGAUGUUUCUCGCAGGGAACAAAUGUCCAUUAUAAUCAGAUGCGUAGAUGUUUCAACAUCAAGAAUUGAGGAAUAUUUUCUUGGGUUUUUGAAAGUUGAAGAUAAAACAGGAGAAGGUUUGUUUUUUGAACUUCAAGAAGCAUUGAUAAACCUUGGAUUAAAUAUUGAUGAUAUAAGAGGGCAGGGAUAUGACAAUGGAGCAAAUAUGAAAGGAAAACACAAAGGUGUACAAGCAAGACUACUCGAGAUUAAUCCAAGAGCAUUCUACACACCGUGUGCUUGUCAUAGUCUAAAUCUAAUACUUUGUGAUAUGGAUAAGUCAUGUCCUAAAGGAUUGUCUUUUUUUGGAUCCAUACAACGUAUUUAUACGUUAUUCUCGGCUUCUACUAAUCGAUGGGAUUUGUUCAAAGAAGAGAUUGGAGAGAAAGGUUUGACUCUUAAACCAUUAUGCGAUACUAGGUGGGAAAGCCGUGUAGCAAGUAUCAAAGCGAUAAGAUACCAAGAUCCUGAAAUACGCAAAGCUUUAGAGAAGUUGCGAGAUUCAUCUUCUAUUUCUCAAGAAGUCAGCACAGCCGAGAGCCUAAAAAAACAAAAGGUCUAA